GUCGGAUAAUUCAGGAAACCAGAGCAGCUGUCACCCGAGUUCACCGAAUGUAAACAUGGUGACAGUGACGUGAAGGAUCCGCCAAAAUGGUUUUCGAAAGUGUGGUGGUGGACGUCCUCAAUAGGUUUUUAGGAGACUACGUUGUCAACCUCGAUAGCUCACAACUCAAGCUCGGCAUAUGGGGAGGUGAUGCCAUUCUUAGAAAUUUGGAAAUCAAGGAAAAUGCCUUGAGUCAACUCGACAUUCCUUUCAAAGUUAAAGCGGGGCACAUAGGUCGGCUAGAGCUAAAGAUCCCAUGGAAGAACUUGUACACUCAAUCUGUGGAGGCUACAUUGGAUGGUGUCUACCUGCUCGUUGUGCCCACAGCCAGUAUAAAGUAUGACGCGGAGAAGGAGGAAAAGCAGCUGCAAGAGGCUCGUCAAAGGGAGCUCCAGCGGAUAGAGGAGACCAAGCAGAAGGCUGCUGAACAAGAGGACCCUAAACUUGAAAAGCAGGACACUUUUGUUGAGAAGUUGGUCACACAGGUCAUUAAAAAUGUGCAGGUCAAGAUAUCCAACAUCCAUGUCCGCUACGAGGAUGAUGUCACCAACCCAAAUUGUCCUCUGUCAUUCGGAGUGUCACUCAAAAACCUCAGCCUCCAUACCACCGAUGAGAACUGGAACAGCUGCCUCUUGGAUGAGAAGGCCAAGCUCUUCUUUAAGUUGGUGCAGCUCGACAGCUUGUUUGCCUACUGGAAUGUGAACUCCUUGCUCUUCUCCAACCAUGGUCCAGAAGAGGCUUUGCGGUGUCUUCAGAAGAGCAUUGAACUCGAGAGCUCUCUCGACGUCAGCCAUGACUUCAUUUUCCGGCCCAUCACAGCAGAUGCUAAACUCCGGAUGAAUCCCAGGUCCGACGUGGACUUCUCGUCUCCCAAAGUGGACCUGGUGGUCAAUCUCCGAGAGGUGGCCUUUGAGCUGAACAGGGACCAGUACAUCAGCAUUCUGGAGCUCCUGGGUUCCGUGGAUCUGAUGUCGCGGAAUCUGCCAUACCGGAAGUACAGACCGGACGUCCAUGUUCACUCAAACACCCAUAUAUGGUGGCGCUACGUCAUCACAGGUGUGCUGGAGGUUGACGUGAAGCCCCGCCUCCACAUGUGGUCAUGGCAACACAUCCGGCAGCACCGCUGCACGGUGAAGGGCUACCGAGACCUGUACAAGCUGAAGAUCACCAGCAGGAAACCCAGCGAGGAGCUGCUCAAAGACCUGGAGGGGCCGGAGAAGACGCUAGAUAUUUUCAAUAUCACCUUGGCCAGACAGCAGGCUGAGAUGGAGGCAAGUAAAGCAGGGCUGUGUAUUUACCGGCCUGGGAUGAAGGUGGAGGAGGAGCAGAGCCAGGGCUGGAUCAGCUGGGCGUGGAACUGGGGUGCAGAGGACCCUGAACAGCCUAAAGAGGUGGACACCGGAGGUUUUGACAGAAUUAUGACCCCUGCUGAGAAGAACAAACUCUACACUGCCAUUGGCUACAGCGAGACAGCCGUCAAUCCCAACCUGCCAAAGAAUUUUGAGGACAUGAAGGUGAACUUCCAUCUAGAGAAACUGUCCUUGUCCAUCAAAGAGAAAAAGGACAAGGAUGAAGUCCUCAAGCUGACAGUGGAGACGCUCAACUCCAUGCUCACACAGAGACCCGGAGCUCAAGCCAUCAAAUUAGAAGCCAAGCUCAAGCUGUUUGAGGUCACUGGCCUGGCGGGGGACCGGCCAGCCCCCACCCUGCUGUCGUCCAGGAAGGCUUCCAUGGCAACGGGCACCCCCUUGCUCAGCUUCCUGUUUGAGACCAACCCCAUGGACCAGAGCGCCGACCAGCGGCUACGCGUUGAGUCCCAACCUCUGGAGAUCAUCUACGACGCUUCCACAGUGAACAGUAUGUCGGCGUUCUUCAUGCCGCCUGAUGACCUGCAGCUAGACGAGCUAACCAACGCUACUCUGAUGAAACUGGAGCAGUUCAGAGAUCGGACAUCAACUGGGUUGAUGUAUGUCAUCGAGACCCAGAAGGUCCUGGAUCUGAAUGUGAACCUGAUGGCGUCUUACGUCAUCAUACCCCAGACUGGCUUUUAUGACGCCACACAGAACAUCAUGCUGCUGGAUCUCGGUCACUUCAAGAUGACCAGUAUGAGUAAGAAGGACCUGCCUCAGCUCUGUGUGGGAAGCAGCACCAUUGAAGACAUCAUGUCCAGGGCUUAUGACAGCUUCAACAUUCAACUCACCAACUUGCAGUUCCUAUAUAGCAAACCAGACGGUGACUGGAAGAGGGCUCGUAAACAGAAGCGUUCCUCCCUCCACAUCCUGGAGCCCGUGGACCUGAAGGUGAUCUUCAGCCGGGCCAUGGUGGUCACAGACUCCCGCAUGGCCAAGUUCAAGAUCUCGGGGGAGCUCCCGCUGCUGUCGCUGCGUAUCUCUGACGACCGGGUCCGGGGUGUUCUGGAGCUGGUCGACAGCAUCCCUCUGCCCGAGAGCCGGGCAGCCCCACGCAGCACCACCACCUCCAAGCCAAGGCAGUCCUACACCCCCCAGCUCACUCCCAGGAGACCCCCCGCCGUGGCCGACCUGCGCUCCUCACUCCUCUUCGAAUCCUGUGAAACCAUCAGCAUCACCUCCUUAGGCUCAGAGGAGGACCUGUUCUACGACGCUCCCACCUCCCCCGUCGGAGACAGGCAGUUCUUCUCGGACAUGCCGGGCUCUCUUCAGGGCGCCGACUCGGUCAGGAGAAGAGGCUUGGUGAAGAAAGAACCGCAGAAGAACAUGACAGAGUUGCUCUUGAGGUUUGAGAUUAACGAGAUGUCUGUGCAGCUGUAUCGCAUGGCCAAAGGUAAAGAGAUCCUCGUCCUCCAUCUUGACAUAGAUGGCCUCGGGACGGAGCUGAAACUGCGCUCCUUCGACAUGACCUCGAACACGUUCCUGAAGGAGAUCUGCCUCAAGUGUCCAGAGUACAUGGAUUCUGAAGAGAAGGAGGUUCAUCUGAUAACUACUUUAGACAACAAAGAGGAGGACUUGCUCACUCUGGAAUAUACAAAGGCUGACAGGACCGGCCCAGAGUUCAAAACCCUACACCAUAAUACAGAACAGCUCUUUAAGGUGAACUUCUCCUCGCUGGACGUGCACCUGCACACGGAGGCCCUCCUCAACUCCAUGAACUUCCUGAACAGCCUCCUCCCUCCCUCCAGCCCGAAGGAGGAGGGAGGGUCAGAGGAGCUGCCCACCAUACCCGAGGAGGAGGAGGAGGAGGAGGGGGAGUCCGAGGAGGGCAAGAAGGAGGAAUCUGUGGUAGCAAAGAUCAAAUCAACUAAAAAAUCAAAGUUUGAGGAUGUGGUAAAUCUACACAUCAGAGCCGAUCUGGACUGUCUGAAGAUCUUCGUCCGAGGGCAGAAGGCCAGGAUAUCAGAGAUCAGUAUAGAAGGUCUGGUUUCUGAAGUCUUGAUGAGGAAAAAGGAGAUGGAGAUUCUGGCUAAACUCAAGAACAUCAUCAUCCUGGACUGUGACAAAGAAGCUCUCUACAAAAAAACGGUAUCCAUAGCGGACAAGGAGGUGUUUGACUUUAGAAUGAUCAACUACACGGAUGCAACGGAGGGCGACGCCUACCUGGACAUGACAAAGGUGGACACCUCAGUCAGCUUGACUGUGGGGUGCAUCCAAGUCGUCUUCCUCAACAAGUUUGUCUCCUCAAUACUGGCGUUCGUUAACAACUUCCAGGCGGCCAAGGAGGCCCUGGCCGAGGCCACGGCGCAGGCGGCCGAGAAGGCGGCCACGGGCGUGAUGGAGCUGGCCGAGCGCAGCACGCGCAUCGCCCUCAACGUGCACUUCAACGCGCCCGUCGUCUUCCUGCCGCAGUCCUCCACGUCGGCCAACGUCAUCGUGGCGGACCUGGGCCUGCUGUCGGUGAAGAACCACUUCACGCGCAUGCCGUCCAAAACCCACAUCAAGAUCCCACCCAUCGUGGACAUCAUGACCGUAGAGCUUCGCGACCUCAACAUGUACAGGACCACAUAUGAGGAUGGUAAUUUCCAGGGACACACGCAGCUGUUGAAGCCAGUCAGCCUGGACAUCUCUAUCCAGAGGAACCUGUCCUCCACCUGGUACCACAGCAUACCUGAUAUAGAGAUCACUGCUCACCUCAAACCCUUGAACUUGAUCCUGAGCCAGGACGACAUCACAGUGGUGCUGAGGACUCUGGGGGAGAAUCUGACGGAGACCUCGGACGCCGACCCUCCUGCCCUCCCCCCAACCACCGGACCCGCCCCCGACACCCUGUCCACCAAAGGAUCCCAAGGCUCCGGUCUGAUAGGACCAUCCCCAACCACAGGUAACACAGUGGUGACGGCGGCAGUGGUGGAGACUCAGAAGAAAAGCAAGCUGAAGGACUCCCUCAAACUGAUCUUCAAGUUCGACUCCAUGACGGUGGUUCUCUUCAAGCCCACCGGGGACGAGGCACAGCUGGACUGCUCUCACGAUGAUGAACUGAAGCUGGCAGAGUUCACCCUGGGAACCAUCUCCACCUCCGUCCACCUGCUGUCUGACAGCUCCAUGAAGGCCUUGGUCCGCCUGGCCAACUGCCUUCUGGACGACAAGAGACCCAACGUCCAGAUGAUCACCCCAAGGAUGAUGGCCAUGCGUCCGGGGGCUGAGCGGAACAUGAUGGUGGAGGUGAACUACCGUCAGGGUCGUGAAGGGAUGGUCCUGGACACCGUGGUGCAGGACAUCUACCUGUGUGCCAGCAUGGAGUUCCUGCUCACCGUGGCCGACGUGUUCCUCAAGGCUUCCGAGCAGGGCUUCGCACCGGCACCCCAAAUCAAGCCCGCCAGUGGGGCAGGAGACAAGAGAAGCGCUGCUGCCUCCACCACGUCCAAAGAGUCUGCAGUCGCGGCUCCGGCGGCGGUGUCCAAGAUGGAGAUCAACGUGGUGGUGCGGAACCCCGAGAUCGUGUUUGUGGCGGACCUGACGCGCGCCGACGCCCCGGCGCUGGUGAUGACCACGGAGUGCGAGCUGGUGAUGAAGAGCAGCGCGGAGGGAGCGCUGAUGACCGCCGUCAUUAACGAUCUCAAGGUGGUGACGUGUCCCUUCCUAAGGGAGAAGAGGACGGACAACUUCACCACGGUGCUGCAGCCGUGUCAGGUGUUCUUCCAGAAGAACGAUCCUCUGGGCAGCCCUCAGACAAUGGAGGUCUCCAUACACGCACUCACACUCAAGGUAUCGCCCAUCAUCAUCAACACCAUCCUCACCAUCCUGUCGGUGCUGACACCCGCGGCUGAGACGCCCCAAGAGCUCGAAAGCCCAGUGGUGCCGGAGCUCUGCGAGAAAGGUGACUGGAAGGACCUCAAAAUGUGGUUCCUGGAGGAGGGCGGAGACGUAGCCACCAAGACGGAGGCUCCGUUGAUACCCCAGGGAGAGUCGCUGAAGGUGGACAUCAACUCGAUCUGCGUGACUCUAGAGGCCGGGCUGGGACACCGCACAGCCCCCAUGCUUCUGGCCAAGUCUUCGUUCCACGGGAACGUGAAGAACUGGAACACCCUCAUCAACCUGUACAGCCGACUCAGCCUGGAGGUUCAUUAUUACAAUGAGGUGUUGGGGGUUUGGGAACCACUGCUGGAGCCAUUAGAGGAGGACAAAGACAGCUUCAGACCCUGGUCCCUGGAACUGAAGAUGAAGAAGAAGUCGAUGGUCUACUCAGGCCUAUCGGAUGAGGUGGACUUCAACGUGCCAAACUACAAGACCGUGAUCAGUAUCAGCAGCCUGGACCAGCUAAACAUCACCCUGUCCAAGUGUGGACUGACUAUGCUCAGUAACCUGGGCGUGGCAUUCUCCAAGCAGUCCGGGGAGUCCUUCCAAGAGGACGAGGCCCCCUUUGUGGUGAAGAACCGGCUGGGUCUUCCCGUGUCGGUCCUUUACAGCGAGAUGUUCAGCCCCAUCGGCCGCGUGGGCUUCGACCACACCGUGGAGCUCCAGGACGGGGAGAGCCUCAACAUGGACUACAAGAGAACCACCACCGACUCGGACCAGUUCUCCGCCAUGACCUCUUUGAGUGCCAAGGACUACUACAUACAGCCCAAUCCUGUGGGCCACACGUCGGUCAGUGUGAUCCCCCUGAUCAAAGUGGGCCGGGGCAUGUACAGCGUCAUCCACAACGAGUCGCGGGUCACUCGCUUCCUGGUCUGCCAGAUUUACUCUGCGGAGGGAAGCAAGUACAUCAAGAUCCGCUCCCCCUUCCAGAUCAUCAAUCACUUCUCCAUCCCGUUCAAAGUAUUUGAGGGACCAACAUGUCUGGGGACAGCUCUGCCUGAAGAGGAGUUCUGUGUUCCUCUGGACUCCUACAGGUCUGAGCUGAGCCUACAGCCACUGACCCAGGAUGGCACUGAGGAGGAUCAGGAGAAGGAGGAGCAGGAGGAACAGCAGCCCCAUGAGGAACAGGUGAAGGAAAAACAGCAGCAGCAGGAGGAACAGGAGCAGGAGUUUCAGUGUUCUGAGGGCUUCAGUUACGAGGACAUCUGCCACCAAGAGCCCGUGACCAGCCUGCAGAGGACCUGCCAUCGCCGCGGCAAUGAGGGUGGGGUGCUGAUGGUCAACAUGGUGCCGGUGAAGGACACCGUGGUGUCCAAACACACCGGGAACGCCGGGGAGAACUUUGAUGAGUCCUACGUCCUCCACUUGUGGCCAUCCAUCUUGUUACGCAACCUCCUUCCCUACCCCAUUGCUUACAAGCUACAGGAUAGCGGACGGACUGCCCCUGAGGUCAUCCUAGACCCGGGCCACUCGGCCCAGCUCCACACGGCCAUCAUCAACCGCUCCAGCCUGGCUCUGCGACUCCUUGACUACCUGUCCCAGGACUGGACUGCCUCAUACGGCUUCCAUGCGAACCAAGAUGAGAUCUCCUUCAUCGUGUUCCAGUCCACGCGCGACGAGGAGGACGAGGUGAUGGACGCCGGCAGCAAGAGGCCCCGGGCCGACCUGGACAUCGCCGUGCACGUGGUCUAUGAGGCGGGCCGCAUGGUGGUGGCCAUCCACUCGCCCUACUGGAUGGUGAACAAGACCGGGAGGCUGCUGCAGUACAAGGCCGACGACAUCCAUCGGAAACACGCGCUGGACUACGACAUGCCCCUGCUUUUCUCCUUCAAGCCCCGCAACUUCCUGCAGAACAACAAGGUGCGUCUUAUGAUCUCAGACAGCGAACUCUCAGAUGAUUUCUCCCUGGAUACCGUCGGUAGCUAUGGAGAUGUGAAAUGUAAAGGCAGAUACAAAGACUACCUGGUCGGGGUGACGAUCGAUGCCAGCAGUUUCAGCCUGACACGCAUCGUGACCUUUGUGCCCUUCUACCUGCUGAAAAACCGCACCAAGCAUGUGAUCCUGAUCAGCGAGGAGGGCCAGGACAACUGGACACCAGCUCCGCCUGAACAGUCGACCAUUCCCUUCUGGCCUGAGAAGGACACCAAGAGGCUGAAGAUCAGGGUAGAAGGAUGUGACGCGCCUCCUCGAACCAUCGACUUCACAAGGCCAGAGAACUGCCUUUUGCUGAAGCUGGACAACACACUGGGCGGGUUCAUUGUGGAAGUGAGCCUAUCGGAGCAUUCGGCUGUGAUCCGUUUCUCAGACUACCAUGACGGCUCCGCCCCGUUCCUCAUUAUCAACCACACCAAGAGCCAGGUUGUGGAGUUCCACCAAAGGAGUCGGAGAGACUCGACCACGUGGGUGCCUGAUGAGCUGCUUGACCUCUCCUUCUCCGGGGAGGAGGACAGCUCUCAGAAGGAGGUGGAGGGGCAGGAGCUGGAGCCAGGUAAAGCUCUGUACUACACCUGGGCAGAGCCCACCGGCUCCAGGGAGCUGUGCUGGAACUGUGGCAGCUACUCUGGGUCCCUGAAGAACGAAAAGGACGAGCUUGACGAUUUGAAGAAAGACGGAAAGCUUUUCCUCAUCUCUUUCUAUGAAGGCCUACAGCGGGUCGUGCUGUUCACAGAGGAGCGCUCCAUCUACAAGAUGCUGUGCGAGAGCGAGAAGGUGCAGCUGGCCGAGCAGGAGUACAGCCUCUCCCUACAGAAUGUGGGCGUGUCUCUGGUCAACAACAGCAACAGCCAAGAGGUCUCCUUCAUUGGGAUCACAAGUUCGGAUGUGGUGUGGGAGUCCAAGCCCAAGAAGAAGAGCCGUUGGAAGCCGCUGAGCAUCAAAGAGGCUGACCUGUUGGAGGAUGCAUACGACGCCUAUGUGGAGUCGGGCUCCGUGGACAAUCUCAUAGUGGACCUGGAGACCAACCUCCAGGUGUCUCUGUCCCCCGGCGGCGUGGACAUGUGUGUGCUGCAGCCCUACGACGCGCCCCUGCGGAGGAACUACCUGCCUGGCGUGAAGGUGGAGUACAGCGUCUCGCCUCGCCAGAGCUUCUACAGGGUCAAAGUCAACCGCAUACAGAUCCAGAAUCAGUUGCCUGGAGCCAUCUUCCCCUAUGUCUUCUUCCCCGUCAAACUACCAAAGUCGGUCACCAUGGAUUCCGAACCUAAACCCAUGACGGACAUCAGUAUUGUGACCAGGACUGCAGGCCAUUCAGACAUCUCCCGCAUUAAGUACUUUAUGGUGUUGAUCCAGGAGAUGGACCUGAAGCUGGACCUCGGCUUCCUCUACGCCAUCCUGGAUCUGUUCACACCGGAGAACGCUAGCGUCACUACGCCUCAACAAGAAGUGGAGCUGUUUCAGAAGGACAUGGACUACGGGCUGGCCGAGGGAGCCACUGCCUCUGCCUGUGACAACUCUCCCAUUAGCCUCUAUGAGUACUUCCACAUCUCUCCCAUCAAGCUCCACCUGAGCCUCUCUCUGAGCACCGGAGGGGACGACGGCAACAAGGAGAAGAGGGAGUCGGAGCUGAUCCCCGUCCAGUCGCUCAACCUGCUGCUGAAGAGCAUCGGAGCGACGCUGACCGACGUGCAGGACGUGGUCUUUAAAUUAGCCUUCUUUCAGUUGAACUUCCAAUUCUGCACCUAUCAGGAGCUUCAGAGGGAGGUCACAGGACAUUAUUUAAAGCAGGCUAUCAAACAGAUGUAUGUGUUGGUGCUGGGGCUGGACGUGCUGGGCAACCCCUUCGGUCUGAUCAGAGGGCUGUCUGAGGGAGUAGAGGCUUUCUUCUAUGAACCCUACCAGGGCGCCAUCCAGGGGCCAGAGGAGUUUGUUGAAGGCAUGGCUCUGGGGGUGAAGGCUCUGGUUGGUGGAGCUGUUGGCGGCAUCGCGGGGGCGGCCUCUAGGAUAACAGGAGCCAUGGCGAAGGGGGUGGCGGCCAUCACCAUGGACGAGGAGUACCAGCAGAAGAGGAGGGAGGCCAUGAACAAACAGCCCAGCGGCCUGAAGGAAGGGCUGGCCCGGGGAGGAAAGGGGCUGGUGUCGGGAUUUGUCAGUGGCAUCACCGGAAUUGUUACCAAGCCAAUAAAAGGAGCCCAGAAGGAGGGGGCCGCGGGCUUCUUCAAGGGCAUGGGCAAGGGUCUGGUGGGAGCGGUCGCAAGGCCAACCGGGGGCUUCAUCGACAUGGUCAGCAGCACCUUCCAAGGGAUCAAGAGGGCGGCCGAGACCUCCCAGGACAUCGAGUCGCUACGGCCCCCUCGCUUCAUCCACGAAGACGGUGUCAUACGCCCAUAUAAGGAGCUGGAGGGGCUGGGCAGCCAGAUGCUGCAGAAAAUCGAAAACGGACGUUUCUCCAAGUAUAGAUACUUUGCUCACGCCAAGGUCAAUGAGUCGGACUUCCUGAUGAUCACCAAAAGGGGCAUUUUCUUUGUAACCAAGGGUACGUUUGGUCAGCUGACCUGUGAGUGGCAGUACCUGUUCAACGAGUUCACCAAGGACCCCUUGAUCGUAGAAGACCGACGACUUCGCAUCGAAGCGAAGGAAAGGGUCAAGUCAGUCUUCCACGCUAAAGAGUUCGGGAAGAUCAUCAACUUCCGAACUCCAGAGAUUGCCAAGUGGGUUCUCACCAAGUUGGAAGACGCAAUGGAAGGUUUCCCCAAAUACUGACUGAACCACACCAGCUGAAAUCCAGCCACACGGGAAGGAAAUAAUGCAUCACUAAGUGCAACACACACACACACACACACAUACACCAACACACCUAUAGAUUUAUAUAUGUGUGUGUCAGUGCCUUUUUCCCUUGCAGCAUGCUACAAUUUACUUAAAUCAGUAACUUGCGGUAUGUCCCAGUCGGUAACAUUCUUGAGAAUGAGUGAGUCUGUAUAUAGAUGCAUGAUACAGCUGUCCCUAAUUAAUCACAGGUGUCUAUUAUACAAAAAACUCUAAAAUACAUUAGUGUUGUCUUUGUGAUCAUUUGCUACUGCUACAUUUGAACAGUGUUUACCAUUAAGCAGACACCAUAGGCUGGUUCAAGUAACACAUUUAUUUGAUUGUUCAUUGGAAAAGUUAGAGUGGAAUGCACAAACAAAAUGUUUAGCGAUUGAUGAAUGGGUUUUGGUAUAAUUGAACUUGAACACAUGCAGGGUUAACGCUGUAUGUUAGUAGAUCUUGCACACAUUAUCGUAAAAGAAACUUGUCAUUCUAAUUAAAAAAGAAAGCACUCAUUGCCAAACAUCGCUGCGCUGUCUGUUGACAGAUGCAUGUUAUUUUUUUAUAUAUUUUAUCAACCGUGUAUAUUUAUCUAGGAUAAUGCAAUGUGUGUACAAAUCCAACAGAAAUGCUUAUUCUAAUAUUGUGAUUUUUAUGUUUUAUACCACAAUUCUAGAAUUCUUUAAAGAGGAUCUGUAACAGAAUAUUCAGAAUAACUAAUGCAAUUAUCUUCCUUGGCUGCUAUAUGCACUGGCUUGUUUUAAUAGUUUGGUUCGGUCUUUUGGUGUUAGUGUCACUAAAUCAAAGUCUAAAUAUGUCUUUGUCAUUCAACUUUAAGGGAAACAAUUGCAUAAAUGUAGAAUAUAGCAUUGAAUGAAGAAUUUUGUCAUUUGAAAAUAAUAAAUGGGUUUAAAGUAAA